CCAGAAAAUGUGGACACUUACUGGUCUGGAACUGCCCCCAUCUGCAUGGGAGGCUGUAAAGGAAAGCACAAAGAACUGAAGAAAAGCACAUGUGGGAAUGGAAGCUGCUGUUGGUUGGGGUACAAAUCAUUUUGCCGGGUAAACUGUGGACGACCAGAAACAGAGUUCAAUUCGGUGGUCUAUGGGAACGACUGGUGGGUCGGGUCGGUGGUGCGCUACAGCUGCCGGCCUGGGUACCUGCUGGUGGGGGAUCCUGCUAGCGCCUGCCAAUCGAGUGGCCGCUGGACCCCCAAACCUACUUGCCUCAGGAUCUGCCUCCGGGGUCGGAUUGAGAUAAACGAGCGGGACAUCGAUGGUAACUGCUCUUCCACUUGUCCCCAUAAGGUGUACCCAGGGGCCUUUCUCAAUCAUGGCUGCAUCAAGAUCUCCUCCUGCGUCACUAAGCAAUCUGGCUGGACCCGAUGGUUCUCUCGCUGUGACUUUUGUGAGUGCGAUUGCUACGUCCCCUGCGCUUCCUCAGGAUAAAAAAACCCAACUGCUGUGGAGGGGCUGCUCUACGUGCUGCAACACCUGACUUU